AGCCUGUACCCCAGCAGGUAUCGCAAACUUCAGUCUUGAUGGAUGAGAGUGUUGAUCUGCCAAACUGCAUCAUGGAUGAGAGUCUGGACUGCAGAUUCAACAAUCUUAGCUGGGAGCAGGUUCAGAGUUUGGAUCAAGUCUUAACGGAAGUGAUACCUAUUCACGGAAGAGGCAACUUCCCUACACUGGAAAUAAAGCCAAAAGACAUCAUUCAUAUUGUGAAGGAUCGGCUGGAAGAGAAUGGGAUUAAGGUCCAUGACAUUCGUCUCAAUGGCUCAACAGCAAGUCACAUUCUUGCUAAGCAAAAUGGAACAAGCUACAAAGACCUUGACAUUAUCUUUAGAGUAGAGUUGCCUGGAGAGGAAGAGUUCCAGGUGGUAAAGGGAGUGGUAUUGGAUUGUCUUCUGGACUUUCUACCACAAGGUGUCAAUAAGGAAAAGAUCACAGGGCUUACUUUGAAAGAAGCCUAUGUUCAGAAAAUGGUUAAAGUUUCCAAUGAUUAUGAUCGGUGGAGUCUCAUCUCCUUGUCAAAUAACAGUGGAAAAAAUGUUGAGUUAAAGUUUGUUAAUUCAUUACGGCGGCAGUUUGAAUUUAGUGUGGACUCUUUCCAAAUAAUUCUGGACUCGUUGUUACCUCUUUUCUGUUGUCGAGAGAAUGUAAUGUCAGAGGAGUCCCAUCCAACUGUCAUAGCAGAGAGUAUGUAUGGAAAUUUUGAGGAGGCAAUGGAUCACCUGCGAUACAAACUGAUUGCCACAAGAAACCCCGAAGAGAUUCGAGGUGGUGGCUUGCUUAAAUAUAGCAAUCUCUUGGUUCGAGAAUUUAAACCAGCAUCUGAUACAGAAAUCAAAGGCUUAGAACGCUACAUGUGUUCGAGGUUUUUUAUUGACUUCCCAGAUGUAUCUGAGCAGCAAAGGAAGAUUGAAUCCUACCUACGAAAUCAUUUCAUUGGUGAAGAGAAAAGCAAGUAUGAUUACCUGAUGAUACUGCGCCAAGUUGUGAAUGAAAGCACAGUCUGUUUGAUGGGACAUGAGAGAAGGCAGACAUUGAACAUGAUCACCCUGUUGGCUCUGAGAGUAUUAGGUGAACAGAAUAUCAUUCCAAAUGCUGCCAAUGUCACCUGCUACUAUCAACCUGCCCCUUAUGUCAGUGACCGAAGUUUUAGCAAUUACUACAUUUCGCACGGACAGCCACACCUUGUGUAUCAGCCCUAUCCACUGCACAUUAAUAUGCAGACUGGUUUGGUUUAGUGUUACAGUGAAUGCAAAUGCUUGACUUUGAACAAGACCCAAGUUUUCAGGUCCCCAGAUAUCUGAUGU